AUGCCAUAUUCCAUUUUCGUGGCCGCCUCCGACAUUCGUCACGUCUCCAUGAACUCGACGCGAAACCUGGCAGCUGAUGAUCUCCAAAUCACCCUCACCAACAUCAUUUCCCUCAUUUCGACAAUUGUCAAUUUAAUCGGAUUCUACACGAUUUUCGUGCAGAAGUCGUCCGAAUCGGCCGGCUUCAAGUACACCCAACGGCUCUACCAGCUCGUCCUUUAUCUCUCGCAAUUCUACGCCGCCACAGUUCUCAAUAUCGUGUUUUUGUUUCCAAUUCCCGGCGUUUAUUGCAUCGGAUGGCUCAGAAAUCUGUCCGGAAAAUCUGCCCUGUGGUGUUUUGUAAGUGCCGAGGAAAUAGAAAUGAGUUUGUACCGGAGAUUAUUCAGAUUCUGUUCGACGUGCUUUUCGCUCUGCAAGGCCAGUUGUUGGCUGUUGUGAUGGUCAUCAAAGUGGAAUCCAUCGCACGUCCCACGUCGCCUUUCAAGGUCCUCCUGAAACUCGCAGGUCUCAGAUGAAACAAGGUUUCAGAUGUCCCUCCUCAGCCAGUCCAUCUUCAUAUUCCUGUUCAUAUUCUGUGGCCAGUUCUCUUUUUUCCUCGUCUUGCUCGCUUCCUACUCACCUCCUUCGGAAGUGCUCGAUUACAUCGCCCGAGCCCAUCCUUCGAUGCUCUUUCUCUCCCGCUACCCGUUCCUUUGGAUGAUCUCCUCCGAUCGUCACUUCGCCGCCUUCUACUCAAUGAUCGUUCUCGACGUCGGCGUCGUUUUUACCAUCUUCUCACUGUCCUAUAUCUUUCUGAUGUUCGAGCUCGAUCUUCAGGUGAACAGUAUGAGCAAUGCGACCACGAACUUUCACAAAAAAGUCAUCAAAGAUCUCUUGAUACACGCUUUCAUCAGUGCUCCCUUCUUUAUUCUCGUUCCCUUUUUAAUUUUCGUCAAGUUCUUUCUAGACGAACAGAUUGACUACUCCAUUCCCACCACUAUUGUCUUUUCCAUUUUCGUCAGCGCUCCUAUCCCUUCCAUGAUCGUUUAUCUGCUCAGAAACCGAAACUACAGAAAGUUUCUGUCAAAAAUUUCUGGCGGUCAGCUGUAGAAACAUUUCGCAAAGUGACUUUGUCCGGAAUAAAUAAUGCGUGAAUUUCGUUUAAUGUCAACUCUCACCUGCUUUCAUAAUUCAUGUCACAAAGGCUUUGUGACAUGAAUUCGACCAGAAAUAUAUCCGCCGACGAGCUUCAAAUCACUGUCGCAAACAUUAUAUGCAUAGUCUCAACUGUAAUAAACUUUAUCGGUUUCUUCGCGAUCAUCCGGCACAAGUCAAAAGAUACAGUUCUGAUGAAGUCGAUGCUUCUCUCUUGCCACGUCUCACUCUACUUGUUCAUGUUCUAUUUCGGCACCGUUCUCAAUCUCGUCGUCCUGUUCCCAAUGCCCGCGAUGUACUGUAUCGGAUGGUUGCGCGAAACCAGCGGAUAUUAUGCUUACACCGCAAUGGUCAGUUUCACUUUCUCAACUUUAGUGGCGAGGCUUCGUAUUACUUAUACGGUAUAAGUUAUCGAGCAGUGUUGAGCGGAAAUAGAAUUUGAAAUCACGGAAAACGGCAGACUGAAUUCCGCUCAACGCUGAUUAGAAGUAAGCAUCUAUUUUGCAGACCGUGUUCUUUGUGUUGUUUGUAUCAGUUGCCGAGUCCAUGAUCUUCACACUUAUUCUAAAACUGGGCCAUGUGGUUCGGCCCGAUUCCCUGUUCAAACUCCAGCCCAUUGCCCAGUCCUCUCUCAUUAUUCUUAUUGCUCUCAUCACUACCGUUCCGCAAUGCGUCAUCAUCACUACUGGUUAUGCCAGUCCAUCCGAAAUCCACGAAUUCCUUCUUCGCUCCUAUCCAUCGAUGGCCUUCGUUUCCCGUUAUCCGUGCCUGUGGUCAAUGACUUCGAACGUUUAUUGGUUCGCAUUCGCAUUCACUUUCUCCGUCACGAUCACUCUCUCGGCUCUAUUUAUAACGACGUUCUCGGUGCUGGUUCUUUACGAGAUUGAGCGGCGAGCAAUGAGUAUGAGCAUGAGCGAAUCGAGCAGAAGGAUGCACAGACGGCUCGUCAGCAAUGUCGUUCUUCAUGCGAAAACAAUGAUUCCGUUCUUGCUGUCUAUUCCAGUUUCCGUGUAUCUACAGUUCUUCGUGGAGGACGACGAUGACGUCUCGGGUCAGAAUUAAUUGGCUACCGGAGCUUCAUAAUGACCCCAAAGUUUCAGUUCCUGUCGUCAUCGCGUUUUGUGUAUUCAUCUCCACUCCAAUCGCCACAAUGCUCAUGUUUCUAUGGUCGAAUAAGAAGUAUCGGAAAGAAGUGUUCGCCAUUCUUCAUCUGCGAUAUCCUGGACAAGUGACUACUGUAGUCCAUGUCGAACUUUCUGAUAAUUCCAGAGUUUAAACUAAAUCCAGUUGCCCAACCUCAUUUCAAAUGUUUUGUUAUUACUUUUUAGACUAGAGCAAAGCCUUUGCUGAGUCACAUCCACCUGCCCCAAUCUUUCUCACAAAUACAUCUUCCAUUAGUGAAUGUGUUCUGUAUCACUGCAACCAAACUACGCAGAGUACUUCAAUGUGAAUCAUCUGAAUCCGAGCCCUCAGAUCUAUGCAAUGACUGCUGUCAACUUAUUUUCGACUGUAACUAAUAUCUUGAUGUUGUACAUUACCGUUGUGAAAUCGAAAAAUGAAUCGAAUCUCUAUCGAGUUGUUUCUUUUGUUCAUAAUGUAGGUGCGGCAUGAUAUUCAAAACGAUCAUCUGUUGGUAACAAUAUCAAAAAGUCGUUAUAUUACAGUUCUCUUUAUUUCUGGCUCAAUUCUACUGGGGAUCGAUUCUGAAUCCGAUCCCACUGCUCCCAUUGCCAGGCGUCUACAGUAUUGGCCUCCUCAAGCCACUUCUCUCCACAUUCGUCCUUCUUCUCAUCUGGUUCCUUCUGUUUUCUCUCUCCAUCUUCAUGAUGUACAUGAUAUUGUUGAUCCGUUUGAGAGUACUUGCCCGUCGUCAUCACAUUUUCCACGUAAGUCCUUGUCAGCAACACUGUUGUGCUAUUCACAUUCAGUUCCGAGACUCGAGCUACGUGCUCAUGCUGCUCUUCCUCUUCCUCCUCAUUCACAUUCCCGUUCUCACCAGAAUUCUGCCCUACAAUGCGUCGGAAGAGUCCAUGAGAGAACACGUCCGACUGUACUAUCCGAACUGUUUAGAUCUGGCAUCGUCCACGGGAUUCUUUGUGUUCGUGAACACUUGCAAAUCCACGAAAGGAGUCUCCGUUGUUCUGGUCUCACUGUUCGGAGGAGCGACAUUUUACCUUUCUGUGUGCGCAGUGAUCAUUCACGAAAUACGAACGCAAAGUACCGUUUUGAAUGCGAACAAGACUCGGAAUCAUAUAAAAGUACUGAAACACACAAUUGCUCAGGUCAGUUCAAUGUCAGAAUCGACGCUUCUCGAUAUAACCAUUACAGAACGUUUUCCGGCUCAUUUUCCUCGCCAUCGCACCUGCAAUCGUUCUGCGCAACGCAUUUCAGCCACCUGAAACUGACACGAUAUGUAAUACCUAUACAAGCAAACAAAAUUAAUUUGAGUUGGUGUCCUUUUCAGCCGUCACUAUAUUCGCCAACUCCGUGUUCACCGCGGCGCCUAUUCCGUGCGCUAUAGUCAUUCUCAUUCAGAAUGACACUUAUCGCGAGUUUUUGCUUUCAAAACUGCAAUUUCUUCGGAGAAAUCAGCCAUCAAACUCGGAAACUUUGGAGAGCAGAAGUGGAACGUCGAUCGCUGCGCAAUCCAGGAAAACUACUCUUUUCUAA